UUUCUCAUUCUCCAUUCAUACUCUUUCGUCGGUUGGUCGUUUGACGCGCGCGGGCAUACUCGUUGUUCUUUUUUAAUAUAUUUGCACGAAAUAAAUUGUAAACAAAAACAACAAAUUAUUAAGAAAAAACAAAAUUAUAAAUUUCGCAAUUGAAAAAGAAAUAAAAAAGAAAAAUUGUUGUUGUUUUGCCCUUCAAUCGAUUAAAUUGUAAUUGUGUGGUGUGGUGUUUGAAACUUGAAAGAAAUCAGGCGAGAACAAAGCAAAAAAAAAUAUCGUCAUUUAAUGCAAAAUCGUGUAAAGCAACAACAAUCGAGUAAAUGAAAAAUUAAAAUAACAACAAACCAACUAUUGCUGCUGCUACUAGGCAAUAAAAGUGAUUAAGUUUUUUUAUACAAAUUCCCUUCUACUAUAAUUAACAACAAAAUCAUUGGAAAUAUUUGUAGCUUUGUUUGUUGCUGCUGUGUGGGAAAAGAUUCUAUACGGAAGUAAGUUAGAAUUUUUUAUGUGAAAGAAGAAAAAAAAAAUAACACACAAAAGAUAAAAGCAAACUUCGUUUGUGUAUACUGUGUUUGUCGGUGUGUGUGUGUGUGUGUGCGAGUUGUGUGCAAGCUUCUGCCAAAGUAUUAAUUGCAAAGUAAUUUUCUUGAUUGUGUUACACAAAGAAGCUGAAACAAAAUUAAUAACCCCUUUCGUCUAAACAAUGGACUUUGAGACCACCCCUUUAUUGGCUGAAACGGGAGGAAUAGAAGUAUCAGAAAAAGAACUCAAGUGUAAUUACAAUAAAUCCCUGGAAACAUCUUCAUCUUCAACAAUGUCACCAUCUGCCCAGCUAACAACUGCUCCCCAAAUAAAGGAGUUGCCCCAACAUGAUCAACCAGCAGAUGAAAACGCCAGUGCAAAAAUGUCAAAUCCAAACAUCACGGCCUCAAGUCCCAAGAAGCCAAUGUCCGCCGCUGAACGUUCGGCCACCAAAAAAUCCCUCUUCAUUUUAGCUGGUAUCUUUGUAACGUCAUUGGCUGCAAUGUUUUACGUCUACAUGAUAUUCCCAGAAUUGAAUGAGUCUGAAAAACAACACAUGAAAAUACCACGUGAUAUUCAAGAUGCCAAAAUGUUGGCCAAAGUCUUAGAUCGCUACAAGGAUAUGUACUAUUUCGAAGUGAUGUUCGGUGUGGUCGUCGCCUAUAUAUUCCUACAAACAUUUGCCAUUCCAGGAUCAUUAUUUCUCUCAAUCUUGCUGGGAUUCCUGUAUCGUUUCCCGAUUGCCCUGUUUCUCAUCUGUUUCUGUUCCUCGUUGGGUGCCACGCUAUGCUAUAGCCUUUCAAACCUGGUAGGACGUCGUUUGAUACGCCACUUCUGGCCCAAGAAGAUCAGUGAAUGGUCCAAACAUGUGGACAAACAUCGUGACAGCCUAUUCAACUACAUGCUUUUCUUGCGUAUGACACCCAUACUACCGAAUUGGUUUAUCAAUUUGGCAUCGCCCGUGAUUGGAGUGCCAUUGUUUACAUUUGCUUUUGGUACAUUUUGCGGGGUCGCGCCACCCUCAGUGCUGGCCAUACAGGCGGGUAAAACUCUACAAAAGAUGACCAGUUCCAGUGAUGCAUUCUCAUGGACAUCGAUGGGCAUAUUGUCGCUGUGUGCCUGUCUAUCGUUGGUGCCGGGCCUGCUCAAGAAUAAACUGAAAAAGAAAGUUGAAUAAAAAGCCAAUUUGGAAGAUGAUUGGAACACAGCAA